AUGAAGAAGAUGGUGUGUCAUGUGGUUAAUAAUGCUGUUCCCGCAAAACAGCUGAUUUCAAAAUCAAGAUCAAAAUCCAUGGACGAAAACUCGUUACUAAUCACCCCUGAUCAGCCACUCUCCCAUGACCAACUAAUCAAUAACAAUCAUAAUCGUCAUAUUCCUAAAGGAUUUGUUGCAGUGUAUGUUGGGCCCCACCACCGUAGAUUCCUUGUUCCAACCAGAUACCUUUCGGUCCCGGAUUUCAAGGCCGUGAUGGACAGUGCAGCGGAAGAAUUUGGAUACGAGCAACAAGGCCGUUUGGAAUUCCCUAAUUGUGAAGAGGAAGACUUUCAAGAAUUGUUAGCACACUGCUGCAGAUAUACCUCCAUUCCCAAGUCCAAGUCUUAUUCCUACAUACAUAUGAUUAUACCACUACAGAUCCACCAAUAA